GGUAUUGUGUGUGCCUGCAGCUUUGCAUGCAUAGUGGUGAUCCAUUUUUUCAAUCUCAGAGCCGUUGCCUUAGUUUGACGGCGGCGUCGCACACGGUUCCGACCCCAGUUGUCGUUGUUAGCGAUCAGUUGUUGAACACACGCCGAGGAGGAAGAAAGGGAAAAGGGUGGGAGGAGAGAGGAGAGAGAGGAGGCAGAGUGUGAGGGUGAGAACGGAGGAGGGAACUAAUCAUGCGUUUAGGAACGCGGAAGGGCAGAUAGGGGUGGAGGAAAGACGAAGGAAGAAAAGGAGGAGGGGGGUGUACAGAACCCGGAGGUGAAGAAAUGAGGAGGAGGAGAGAUUGAUAAGAAGGUGGGAAAGGAGGAAGAAGAGAAGUGGAACGAAAAAAAAGGAGGAGGAGAAGAAAGAAAAGAAAGAAGAGGGCGGGGCCCGAGGGGAAGAAGAAGAAGAAGAAGAAGAAGAAGAAGAAGAAGAAGAAGAAGAAAGAAAGAAAGAAAGUGGCUAUGGCUGCCGCGCCGCCAUUUGACCUUAAUCUGGUAGAGACGCCGUCCUGGGGCGCGCGGAGUGUGGAAUGUUUCGAGAAGCUGGAUCAAAUUGGGGAGGGCACAUAUGGGCAGGUGUAUAUGGCAAGAGAGAAGGUCACGGGGGAGAUCGUUGCACUGAAGAAAGUGCGCAUGGAUAACGAGAAAGAAGGGUUCCCGAUUACAGCUAUUCGGGAGAUCAAGAUUUUGAAGAAACUGAAUCAUGAAAAUGUCAUCAAGCUCAAAGAGAUUGUUACCUCCAAAGCCACCGACAGCAACAAAUACAAGGGGCACAUUUACAUGGUGUUUGAGUACAUGGAUCAUGACCUGACAGGUCUUGCCGAUAGGCCGGGUAUGCGCUUUACGAUUCCACAAAUCAAGUGUUACAUGCAGCAGCUUCUUAAAGGUCUGCAUUACUGUCAUCUGAAUCAGGUCCUUCAUCGGGAUAUCAAGGGGUCCAAUCUUUUAAUCGAUAAUAAUGGAGUCUUGAAGCUUGCAGAUUUUGGACUUGCCCGGUCGUUUUCGAGCGAGAAUAACUGCCCACUCACGAAUCGCGUUAUCACUCUGUGGUACAGACCCCCAGAGUUGCUCCUAGGCGCAACGAAGUACGGACCAGCAGUAGACAUGUGGUCUGUCGGCUGCAUUUUCGCCGAGCUUCUAAGCGGGAGACCGAUUCUUCCGGGAAAGAAUGAGCUUGAGCAAUUGCAACUCAUCUUUCAGCUUUGCGGAACGCCAGAUGAGUCAAACUGGGAGGACGUAACGAAACUGCCUUUGUACAGCCUCAUAAAGAAUGAAAAGCCGCAUCCACGACAGCUACAUAUCAACUUUAAAAAUUUCCAUCCUUCAGCGCUGAAGCUGGUCGAAAAGCUGUUGACGCUGGAUCCGAAAAAGAGGUUGUCUGCCAAAGAUGCUCUCGACUCGGACUACUUCUGGACAGAUCCUAUGCCUUGCGAUCCUGGAAGAUCGUCGUCGAGUUGGAAUGUCGUAGUGACGAGGGCACAUAGACCGGGCCGUCAACGGAUUGUUGUCCGUGUUCCAUGUAAAACGCCGACGAUCGAGAAGAAAGUGGUGCCACCGUUUGAGGAAGGGGAGGAGAAGAGAUGGACAGAGGGAAAAGAGGAAGGGCAGGAGGAGGAGGACGAGUGGGAGGAGGAGGAGACAUGGAUGACGAGGAAGGGGAGGACACGAGGAAGGGGAGGACACGAGGAAGGGGAGGACACGAGGAAGGGAAGGAGACGAGGAGGCAUGGAAGAUGAGGAAGUACGAGGAGGAGGAGGAGACAAGGAGGAUGAGGAAGGGCAGAAGGAGGAGGACGAACAGGAGGAGGACGAGUCAAAGGAGAUGAAAAGGAGAAGGGAGGCGGAGACAUGGAGGAUGAGGAAGGGGAGGAGCAAGUUCCUGCUUCCAUUCAAACAAUUUGCAGCGUCUCCCGUUGACCUUAACCUCAGACUUCCCGAAGGCUGAUCUAAUCAACUGCCAGCCUCCGC